UAUUUGGUUGUCUGCAUUUAUUUAUUCUGUUUGCUAAGUUAGUACGCGAGUACAAUGCACAACUUCAGAUUAAAGAAAGAAGCCGAAAAUGCCGAAAAUGCCGAAAACGAAAAGUUCCUAGAUGCCUAUGUAGAUGUUCGUUGUUCAAAUUUGUUUUUAAUUGCAUUUUAAUCUUUUUUGACGAAGAAAUAUUUAUGUAUAGAAAGAAACAAAUAUGCCGGUAAACCAGGAGCUUUCUUUGAUGUCAAGCAGCCAUUCUGAACACAACGUCACGGAUCACGAACAUACCUGUAUUGUUUGUGACAGAAUUUCAACAUUCUAUCCGAACGAGUGUGCUGUUUGCCAUAUCUCAGGUCCUCUGAAAAGGUGCAGUCAAUGCAACAUGGUCACCUACUGUGGAGAAGCCCAUCAACGACAACAUUGGAACAAACACAAGGCUAUUUGUAAAGUCAUCUCGAAAAUUCUCAAAGAGAAAAAAAGUACACACAUCUAUGAAAACUGUCGCGGCCUUGAUGCAGCAGGAUGGAUGAAAGCAAAAAUGGAAGUCCUGCUCGAUGUACGUAAACGUCUCAAAAGAGAUCUGCUGCGUUUCGAAGGUGAAAUGUUCCGUUUCCCAAGAGCCUGUUUUGUUUGCCACGAAUCCAGACAAGAUUUUUUAACAAACUGCCUUGGUUGUACAAAUGCGAGUUUUUGCAAAGAACAUCCCAGCAGUUCAUUUCACGAUAUCGAUUGUUCUGAAAUUCAAGAAGGACACAAAAUCGACAUUAACCCUUUAAUCAUGACCAAAGCAAGAAUGCUGAGAAUGUCCAAAUCAAUCGUAGAAAGUACACCGAUUUCAAAAGACAAAAAUCGACAAUUGCCAACGACAAUGCAAGAAUUUUUCGAUUACAUCAAACUUCCGAAGAAAAUCUGUUCGGAGAUAAUAGAAAGCCAAAUAACCGAACUUUUGUGCGGACCACUAACUGUAUUUAAAUCUUUAAAGAAGCUUAAUCAGUUUCAAUCGUUGUCAUCGCUAGUGCUUCAUGUACAAGGCUUCGAAAAUGACUACGAAGACGCAAAAAUGUGGGAGAUUCUCUUCCAUCUGAUUCCGAGCUUAAAAUAUCUCAGAAUCAUUUUUCUCGGUCAUGAAAAGUUUAGGAAGCUCGAUUGCAAGCUUUGCAAUAAAUGUCGAGACAGCAAAAAGAAAUUAUCGAUUCAAGUUAGCGAUCUUUUAUAUGUUCAGUAUGUUGAUUCUGACCAUUAUGAGGAACCUGGACUAGCACUUUUGGCAAAUAGUAAGACUCCCAGUGAAUCCGAAAUGCAGCAAAGGUUUUGGAAACAAAUGAUGAUAACCUGGGGCACUGUCAAUUGUCCACUGAUCAUAUCUACAAAUACUGAAGAUUACUCCAAGACUUUUCGCGAGAAUCUGGAUUCCACUUUCAAUAAGAUUCUUUAUUUUUAUGAUGGUCGCAACGACUUUGCACCUCUGAGGCCACACAGGUUCUGGGAAAAUGAGCGUGUCUUUAGACGAAACGAGUUCAUGAUGAUAAUCAAAAUCAUUCGCGAGGAGACCCCGCUAAAAUGCACUUCCUGUGGAGUCGUAUGCCAAACUGUCGAUUGCAAAACUUCACACUGCAUAAAUUGCGAAUCCGAUCUUCAAUGCACCGACGCUGCAUUAUUUCCCAAGCAAAGUGGAAAUCUAUCUCGCAGUUUCUUUUACGUGAAUUGCUGCCAAGUAUGCCAUCAUCGUAAUUACAGUUCUUCUAGAAAAUAUAUUCCUGUCAUUCCUUGUUCACACUGCGAGAUGAGUUUCUACUGUCACGAGAUUCACCGAAAAAGUCACUGGACAUACCACAAGGAUCUCUGUAACGCAAUCCUCGCAAUUAAAUUCGAAUUCGGUUCCCCGGAUAUUUUUGAGAAAGCAGACAAGUCCAGUCCAGAAUCUUGGGCUCAAGCUAAGAUCGACUUGAUUGUAAAAGCAGAGUCAGAGCUUGGUAGAAAACUCCUCGACAACGAAAGGGAAAUGUUCCUUUUUCCAAAAACCUGCUUUGCAUGUCACGAAAGCAAUUCGAACCUCUUGACAACCUGCGAAUGUGGAAUUUCUCUCUGCGAAACCCACCAAGAUUUUCCUGAGCAUGAAGACCUCUGCCUGGAUUUCCAUUUAACAUUCGGACUGGACAGUUAUUUUCUUUCGACUAGACAAAGGGCUGCACCGAUCGCCGACAAAGAACUCUUUCUCGGUUUGACGAAACCCAUGAUGUUUAAAGCUAUAUCGUCGAAAAAAGAGUCUCAAAAGUUUCCGAGUUCGAUGAAAGCCUUUGUAGAAUGUUAUUUUCAAGUCUGGGAAGAGAACGACUGGGAGAUUGCAAAACCAAUUAAAACUUCUUAUUGGAGGCAGUUCAUGUAUACCGAUAUUUUUUCUAGACCUCUAACCUUACUCUUUGUUACGGAGAAAUUCGAAUGGAGUUUCGAAUCGAUGGUGGUCCACGUGAUUGGAGCAACUGACGACGAAAAAUCGGAAGCUGGCUAUUGGGAAAUUUUGCUACAUUUUGUACCAAAUUUGAAAUGUCUGAAACUCGUUUAUGUAGGACCUGAAAAUUCCGAUUUAAAAUUGGUCAAAGUUCAAGUUUGUGAUGAUUGUUUGAAAGAAGAAAAGAGUUUGGAAGUAGAAGGCUUUAGAUUGAGAUAUGAUGAGUAUUUUGAGAGUGAAUUUUUUGCAAAACCAGAUAUCAUCGUCGGGUUUAAUCUCGAGAUGCACGAGAGCGAAUAUGGAAUCAUGGAGUGCACUUGGAAAGAUACUAUUUUGACUUUGAGAAAGGUGAAGGCGCCUUUCAUGAUGACAAGUGGAUCCGCGUUGAGAGCUGAGAAGGAUUUGAGAAAAUUGGAGACACUUUUGGGCGAAUCUGUACAACAUUGGUUCGAAAAAAAUCCAUUUGGGAGUCUUCUAUUUGAGAGGGACUUUGAGACCGAGAGAUUCAAGUUUUCGAAUCACUUGAUUGUUGUCUGCACGGGAUUAUACAGAGAAUCAGAGCGAGAAGAAACUUUCUCUGAGAGAAUAUCUGAUGAAUCUUUGGCAUUGCUGGGAACGAGAACUAUUUCUGAGAACUUGAAGUCAGAAAGGGAAGUAACUGAUGAAGAUUCGGAAUCAAAAAUAAAGGGAAUAGCUGAGACUUCGGUAUCGAAACUGGAUUCAAUACUUUCGACAUUGGAAACUCUUUCUUUCGAAGGAGAAAGCGAAAAAAUGAAAGAAAAUUUAGAACUACUUGAGAAAAUUAAACAAUCCAAGGGUUCAAGUUAUUCGAUUAAAGAUUCUCCGGAUUAUGAUGAAAAUCGAAUAAUUACGCCUGUAAGCAAAAACUGUUUAUAAGAAACCAAGAAAACAAAAGAAAAACCAAUAUAUUCAGCAUGCGUAUUAUAUAUUUAAAAAACGUUUGUU